GUUAUUUUUCGAUGAAUAUGAAGGGGCAGGGGGUUUCGACGAUCUGUGAAAUUCGAAAGCCCCAGGAAUUGACAGGUAAUGAAAAAUUCAAGGAUUUGAGUAGAAAUGAAAAAAAAUCCGGGAAUUCCUGCGAGGAAAAAAAUUCUUUCUGUCCUGAAAAGCCUCGACAUGAUAAUGUUGGAGAUGAUUCACCGGGUGGAGAGGAGGAGAUGGUGAGUUUCGGGGAGUCGGCGUCGGCGGAGGAUUGCGAUCCACCCCUGGAGAGGUGGACAGCUCUCCCCAGGUUCACGGGUACCAGACCAACGGUUGGUAAUUUCACCAUAUCUCGGUAUAGUCCUGCAGAGUGGCGAAACAGACAUCAGGAGAUUCUCAAGGACUCGACUUAUCAAAUUCGUGAGGCUAAAAAUCACGAGUACAAAACAAAUUUACUGGGAUCUCAAAUCUGUUCACAAAUCGAUAAGCAACAGCUGGACAAUAGUCUCCUAUUACGAUCCAGAGCUGGAGAAAUUUUUCACUGGAAGACAGAAUUAAAAUUCGUAGGGGAGGAAGUGGAAUCUGAAAUAUUAAAAAUUCAAGGGGAAAUCGGAAGAUUAUCGAAUUGUUUUCGAGCCGUUGAAACAAUAAAAAACAUGGACAGGGAUAUUCAGAGGAUCAGGGACUCGCGGCUGCACUCAGACCUAGUGCAUGACACUCUGGCAGAGGAAAUUGUAAAGGAGGAGAAAUUGUGCAACGAUAUCCUGAAUUUGUACACCCGUUGCAUCGACGAGACGAAAAUGCAAUCAAUCGAAUUGAAAGAUGCGAAACAGAGACUAGAGCACGACUGGUCUGAUAAAUCCCAGACUUACGACAUCGAUUCGACUUGUGUCGGUCUUAAAAAUGACUCAGAGGGACUCCAGUGGAAACCAGGAAGUCUACAGGUCUCUCAAGACCAAUCAUCUCCCGAAGGACACACAACUUUCGUGAAACAGUCAAUAAUUUACGCAAAAACCGCUGUAAAUCGAUCCCAAGUACUGCGAGCGAAUAUGAUCGAGAAUUCCUCUACUUGUCUGAAAGAUUUACGAAGACAAGCAGCCGCUGUGGAAAUGGCACUGGCAGAUCAGAUCGUGGAGCUCACUGAAGCAAUUCGACGCCUCGAGGCCGCAUUAAAUAACUGUCUCAAGAGACUUGCAGAUAACGAUAUGCUCAUAAACAAGACUAAUGCAGUUAUCAGGGGCAUCGAUGGGCCUAUGAAAUGCGCCCAGACUCGUCUGGGUAUGAGACUCAUUCGAGAAAAUAUCGAGAGUUGCAGGGAUCAUUCUCAAAAUGGGCUCAUCGACGAGGUGAAGAAUGUCGCAGAAGGUACGACAGCUCUCUCAGGUCAAGUGAAAAUGGCAUGUGACUCGACAGACUCGUUAAUAGAAUUGCGGAAAAAAUUAGAAAAUGAAUUGCUCGUCAAAAAGAACAGCCUCUGGAUCGACGGAAAACGCUGCAAGUCGAUGAGAAUGCACUAUCCCGCAAUCAAUUCCUUAUCUGGGUAUUGAAGGGAGACUGAUCGGAUAAUCAUAAUUAAAACGGUGAAUAUUUAAUGAAAACGCCAGAGACAUUACAUCGAUAUAUUUACAUACAAACCAGUUUUAUUUAUUGAUAAAUGACACGUGAAAAUAAACCCUAGAUUAUCCUACAACCUGACAGCUGGGUCGUUAUACUUAUCAUUGAGAUGAUAAUUUCACAAUUCUCUAUAUACAAUAAAAUGAAUAAUCGAAGGGCUAUGAAUUUCGCCAGCACCACUUGUGCUUCAUUAGAGAAUAGAGAGAAACAUCUGAAUAAUCAAAUUAAGAUAAUUAUGUUAACAUCUCGCUGAUAAUGACGCGUUACGAAUAUAAAUUUAUGUUUAUUGGCCAUAUCUUAGUAAUAAUUCCCUAGAAAAAUAUUUAUUU